AGAAUUACAAUCAAACUAUAAAAUGAUAAUAAUCUUUGGUCUAAACAACAUUUUGUUCAUUUGACAGUUGAGUGAUUGACUUAUUUCUUUUUAACUGAUCACAUAUCAGGUUUUUGACAAUAUAAUAGUGCAUCUGAUUUAUCUACUAUGUUGUUGUUGUUGUUGUUGUUGUUGUCUGAGAUGGUGAGAAAAAGACAAUCACUGGAUUAUGUGGUCUUUUAACUAAAUCACUCCGCGCUCCUCCUUGUUCUAUUCCUGUCUCUUAUAAGAGGUUUACUUGUACUUGAAUCCAAAUAGCCCUUCAACCACGGUACCAGAUUUCCUGUGUCUCCGGACUUUCUAGCUCUUUCGUGUGCUUGACCUUUUUUAGUCCACCAACCAAUUAUCAGAUUAAAGGAAAGAGAAACCUGCUUGUGCCUUCAACCCUGAGCAGGACUGAAAAACCACAUCAUCAGUACUCCCUGGUUCAUCCUUUUAGGAGAUGUGUGUGGUCGCGAGCGGCCAGAGGAAUGGCACCAAGGCCGGAGAGCCGUCGCUGUCAUCACACCAACCCCUUCAUCCUGCUGUAUGACUGACGACUGUUUCACUGUUGGGAGCUGUCAUCGCCUCAGGCCUCAGGGACGUGAUGCUUCGGGCUCAGGCCAGUUAGAGGGAGUUGUGUUCUGGCCUCUUUGAGGAUGUGAGGAUGCCAUCUUUGCACGCACGCUGAGAGAACCUGUUCGUGCUGGAAGUUCAUGGCCAAAUGUAGGGUUGCGGUGGCCGAUGAGAAGCAGUUUAGUGGCACAAUGUCGGCCACUCAGGGGAUGAACCACAGCGGCGUCUACAACUACUUCCUCAACAUGGUGGCCUAUCAGAUAUGCUGUUGCUGUGGACCGGCUCCCUGUUCGCUCUGCUGUGCCUUCUGUCCGCCGGUCAAAUCCUCCACCAGCACUCGGGUCAUGUACACACUCUUCCACAUCAUGAGCUGCGCCGUGUCCUGCCUCAUGCUGUCCCGCACCGUCUCUGAGCUCGUCAGGGAAAAUGUGCCUUUCUUUAACAUGGUGUGUGACCAGGCGCAUGGCGGAGGCCACUGUGAGAUGCUUGUGGGCUACUCGGCAGUGUACAGAGUCUGCUUUGGCACUUCCUGUUUCUACCUGAUGAUGGCGAUCUUCCUCAUAGACGUGAAAUCCAGUCAGGACUUCAGAGCGCUCAUACACAACGGUUUCUGGUUCCUGAAGUUCAUCACGCUGCUCGCGAUGUGCACUGCUGCCUUCUUCAUCCCAACAGAGUCCUUCCUGCAUGCGUGGCAUUAUGUUGGUGUGGUGGGAGGAUUUGCCUUCAUCCUCAUCCAACUCAUCCUCAUCACAGCUUUUGCACACACAUGGAACAAGAACUGGUUGACCGGAGCAGCAGAGAACAAGCGUUGGUAUCUGGCAGUGAUGUGCGCCACCCUCUUCUUCUACACUAUCGCCACCAUGGCCUUCACCUUCAUGUACAAGUACUACACACAUCCCAUCGCCUGCCACUUCAACAAGGCCCUGCUGUGGACCAACCUGGGACUCUGCGGCCUCAUGUCCUUCAUUGCAGUCACGCCGUGCGUGAAGCAGAAGCAGCCUCGGUCGGGACUCCUUCAAGCCUCCAUCAUCAGCUGUUACGUCAUGUACCUCACUUUCUCUGCACUUUCCAGCCGCCCGCCAGAGAAAGUGGUGUAUCAGGGCAUGAACAUGACCGUCUGUUACCCCAGUGUGGGACAAGAUGGCAUCCAGAAUGAAGGCAAUGCUGUGGCUAUAAUUGGAGCUGCCAUCAUGUACUGCUGUGUCCUCUUUGCAUGUAAUGAAGCUUCCUACCUGGCAGAAGUGUUCGGCCCGUUUUGGAUGAUCAAAGUUUACCGCUAUGAGUUCCAGAAAGCCACCUGCUGCUUCUGCUGCCCCGAGGAAGAGGAAGCUGAGGAGGAGUUUGUGAUCGACGACGAGAACAAAGGCUGCCAGAAGGUCAUUCACAAUGAGACCCAGAGAGUGGCUUACAGCUACUUCUUCUUCCAUUUUGUCUUCUUCUUGGCCUCGUUGUAUGUAAUGAUGACCCUAACUAACUGGUUCAGCUAUGAGUCAGCAGUGUUGGAGACCACCUUCACCCACGGCAGCUGGUCUACCUUCUGGGUGAAGAUGUCGUCCUGCUGGGCCUGUGUGAUCCUCUACCUCUGGCUGCUGCUGGGCCCUCUGUGCAGCUGUCAGUCUGAAUCCAGACCUCGCCGUUCACGCAUCAAACGCCGCUCAGCGUCUUCCCGUCACGUCACUGUUAGCGUCUGACACUCUCUGUGAGGGGCUGGGCAGGAUGGAGGCGGACAGGGCGCGAUGUGGACGAGAGGUCACAUGACUCCGAGCCUCCCUAUGGUGCCCUGUGGGAGGGGAUUUUCAGGAAUGGAGGUCACAGGGGUCAGGGGUCAAAGACUCACAGUGCUGUGAGAAGGACCAAUCAGAGGGCUCAAUGUUCAGUGUCCUGUUGAUAUGUGAAGAACUGGAUAAAGCCCUGACGUCAAAGGCUGGACACCAUGAAAUGAAACCACUAACAAGAACCAGACUGUGGUUUGGAAACACACUAACAGUAUGAAUUGCCAAAGGGAUCAGAAGAUGUGAAAUGUCACUCUGUAUAAUGUGGGAAUUACAGUAAGUAGGUGUAAAGAUGGGAUACAUUUAUGAAUUUAUACUAAUUUUAGUGUUAUUUUAAAUCUAUGGUUAUAUUUAGACUUUUAAUAUUAUAAAGGUAAGGAAUUAUAGAUAUUUGCUCGAAUAUAGCUACAGAGGCACACAUCCCAAUUAUGUUUUUUAUUCUGAAAAACCAACAAAUCCGCCCUAAACAACACAGUGUCGGUCCUCUAAUCUUAGACGGGCAAUCGAUGGUUGUGAUCAUGAAAACAUCUUUCUGAAAGUUGGAAACAGAACUGUGGGCCAACCGCAGCAACUGUGUGCGUUCAGUUAAACUUCUGAUGCAAGAGACUUCAGUAUCUCACAAGAACUGAACAGUACAGUUACAAUAAUCAAAGAAAUUCAAUAUUUAUCCAUUUGAAAUUUAAGCUUUUUUCUUCACUUUCCAUCUAAUUACCUUAUGACGCUACAUUUGAAAGAUCAGCUACUCAUCUUGCAAAUUCAGUUACCAACAAGCCUUAAAAAAUUGUUCAGCAGUUUGGGAAAUCUACUGCGCCUAGAGAGGAAUGAUUUCAGUACAAAAGUUCACGUAAAACCACAACUUAUUUUAUUCUGUUUGUUUACAGAUCAAACAAAGGAACUUUAGAGGUGCGGCUAGGCGUGUGCUUGAGCUUUGGCUAGCUGUAUCCCAUUUCCAGUCUUUUUGCGAAGCUAACUGACUCCCAGCUAUAGCCCAAUAGCAAAUGCACAGUAAUGAGAGUGGUGUCAAACUUCUCAACUCUGGUCAAAAACAGCAAAUAAGCACAUAUCCUGAAAUGUAAAACGAUUGCUUGAAUAAUUAUAAUCUUCAGUACAACUGCAGUGAGUUAGUCCAAAACUCGCUGCUGGAAUGGCAAUGAAUUGAAGUCACGCUGUAGUUACGUCGUAUAAUAGCAUUAACUUUAUUUCAUUUAGUGCUAACAGUCACAAACCAGAAAUUGUACAGACAGAACAAAUUUAAUUGCAUCCUGACAUUAAAUUAUGAACUUUGUCCUUUAUACCUGUCAAUGAGGCAGCUUUGGGGUUGGUUGUUAUGUCCAGCCAAAAGCCAAAGAAAGACAUGUAUUAAAAUAAACCCUGAAAUGUCCAGGAUUGUGGGAAUAACAGAUUCACUUUCAGUAUUUUCUCUGCAUCUUUUCACAGGAUUGCUUUUUAAAUGCUCAGUGACAGAAGGUCUGCCAGAGGCGACUGAGAGGCAGCUAAUCAGAAAUGUAUGAUGUUCUUCAAAGUUCAACGCUUUCACACAGAUUUCUUAAACUGGGGCAAAAGAUACUUUGCGUUUGACUUACAAAGAUGAACAAGUUGCAUGCUCGCAUUAUGUUGCUUUACAGUACAUCAUUCACUUCUAAAUUCAUUUAAAAUGUCCAGAUUGGAUUGAUUCUUGUUUACAUUUUGUUUUGCAUAUGUUACGCUAUUAAGCAAACUUAAAAAAAUUGAAACCAAGAGUGCUCAAAAAACAAAAAUAUUCUAAAACUGACUUCCAGAAGGGAUAGAAGCUCUCUGUCUCAUGCCUUCAGAUGAAGUAGUCGUGUCUGCAAGACGCUGAGGUGAACUGUGUUGUGACUCUAAAGUAGCUCCCCCAUGUUGAUGUUGGUGUGUGGAAACCUGGGACUGGUUUCUAGAUCUGUCCCCUCUACUGAAGGGACACCGAGCCGAGUGUCUGUGAUGACUCCCCACAGUUAAUGAGCAGUAAUCUGGCUCUGUCAAGGAAUAUAUAUGUAUAUAGUUAUAUUAUCUGCAGUUUCAUGUAGUGUUUCCUUUGUUGUAGAUGUGAAGCUUGUUUUGUAAAUACAUUGUUUUCUUACAAAC